AUGAAUUAUGCCCAAUUUAGUGAUGUAGUUACAUUUGAUACUACCUACAAGUUAAAUAAAGAGCAUAGGCCAUUUGCAUCAUUUGUGGGAUUUAAUAAUCAUAGAGGAACAGUUGUUUUUGGUGCUGCUUUGUUGUAUGAUGAGAUUGCCGAAACAUUAAUAUGGUUAUUUCAAACUUUUUUAGAGGCUAUGUCAAAAAAAACACCCAAAACUUUGUUUACCAAUCAAGAUGCUGCAAUGGCUAAGGCCAUACCCAUUAUCAUGCGUGACAUGAGUCACCGUUUAUGCACUUGGCAUUUAAUGCAAAAUGCAUUAAGGCAUGUUAAUUGUCUCUUUCAAGAUAAGGGGGUGAAAUGUGUAUUAAAUAGAUUCAUGUUUGAUAUUGAGGAUGAAAAUGAAUGGAAAAUGAAGUGGGGGGAAAUGCUUGAUACAUAUAAUGCUCAUGAUAAUCAUUGGUUGAAGUUAACUUUUGGGGUGAAGGAAAAAUGGGGUUGGCCAUAUGUUAGAUCAACAUGGGCUACGGGAAUGAGUUUAACACAACUUAGUAAAUCUUUUAAUGCGUUUUUGAAGGAUUACAUUCGUUCUAAUUUUAAUUUAAACGAAUUCUUCAUGCAUUUUGAAAGGGUACUUUGUGAGAAGUGGUACAAAGAGUUAGAAACUAGUUACGCUUUGUGCCAAAGGUUGCCAAGGAUGAAAGGGCCAUUCAUACUGUUAAGUCAAAUGGGCAAUGUGUACACUAAAAAUAUUUUUGAGGAGUUUCAAGAUGAGUAUUUUCUUUCUGUUGAAUCAGAUAUACAAGCAAUUGAAUACGGUAAUGGUUGUAGCCUAUACACAAUUGUUUAUUCUAGUGGGAAAAAUGCAAGGAAAGUGAAAAUGGAGAUGAAUUGCUCCUUGGCUUGUAGUUGUGCAAAGUUUGAAAGGAAAGGGAUUUUAUGCAGUCACUAUUUGAAGGUUAUGAGAGAAAUAUUGUAG